GGAGCGCGCAUCCUGGAAUAAACAACAACCCUUAUGUCACAAUAAUCCCAAUUGAAGAUGGCCUCGAAAGCAGACGAAGGGUCCAAAGGUCCGCGCGAGCGCAUCUCUGCCAAGUCAACAGCAGAUCCGAUUCUCCGCAACGCGCUCCGCUACACCAUCUCCGCGAAAGAGUACGAAACCCUGCACAAAUAUAUCAUCUCGCGCUCGAAGGUCUUGAAGAGGAAUGCUCCUUCUCCUGCGAAGGUUGAGAAGCUGGUUGAGCGGCCCGGACGCGAUGAUUAUAAUGCGGCGGCUGUGAGGGAUAGCUUGAGGGUUUUCCUUGCCACAGCGGCUGGGUUGAAGGCUUGGGCUGUGAUUAGGGAGAAUCUACUUGGGGGUGAGAAGAUGAGGGGUAAGAGAAUCCCCUUUUGGCGGAAUGCGAAUCUACGGUUGUCACUCUCACUGUCAACGAUUCUCCUGCUGCACAGGAUUCUAUUCCGGUUCUUUACGCGUCUGAGAGCUCACCUUCUUACGCCUGAGGCGAGGCCAUUUCGCCAGAGGAAUAAGAGGACGAGCAAGACGCUGACUUCUAGUCUUGCGCCGGCCGUGGGGGCCAGUUUGGCGGGGUUCAUGCUCGCGGUUUAUCCUAAGGAUCAGCUGAGAGUUACGAUUUCGAUAUAUGCCUUGAGUCGAGCAGCGGAGUUUGCGUAUAAUCUUGCGGAAGAUGAGGGUUGGAUUUGGGGGAAGGAGGGCAGUGGGUGGGAGAGGCCGUGGUGGUGGGGAAGUUGGUUGAUCUUCCCGUUUACGAGUGGGCAGUUGCUGCAUACUUUCGUCUUUGAUAGGGACACUUUCCCAAAGGCAUACGGAGAUUUCAUAUUAAAAUACUCUUCCCAGUACACUCAGCCCCGGCCGGAGGAUUAUCCUUCCAGCCUCCCAUGGCCGGGCAAGUAUGAAGUAGUCGACAAUCUCGCUGAGAUGGCUCGUCUCAAUUAUCCACCAUUUACCUCCCCGAUCCUCUUCCCCAACAGCACAACCCUGCCAGCAACCCUUUCCGCAAUAUCACCAAUUACUUCUCCAGCCCACCCUCUAAUAACAUCCCUCACCUGUGCAACACUUCACCCCUCUGACCCCUCCUGUCUAAGAACAUACCUCACAUACUGGAUCCGCGUCUUCCCCCCUCUAACCCGCUUCUUCACCGCCAUCUUUUUGGUCCUCUACAUCCCAUCCUACAAAGCCUUCUACCGCGCUCCCAUCACAACACUCAACCGCCUCGCUUCCACCAUCCUCCGCUACUCUACCUUCAUGGCUGGCUCCGUGGGCACUGCCUGGGGUGCCAUCUGCCUCUUCCAACAACUACUCCCCAAGAACUUCCUCGCUACGCAACGCUUCUUCCUCGGUGGGAUGUUAGGCGGUGUCUGGGGCUAUGUCGUGCGGAAACAGGCGAGAGGAGAGUUCCUCUAUAGUUUGAGAGCGUCGAUGGAUUCUCUCUGGAAGGUGGGGAGGAAGAGGGGUUGGUGGAGAGGCAUUAGGGGUGGUGAUGUGUGGCUCUUUGUUGUGAGUUUGAUGGUUGUUAAUUUGGUUUAUGAGAGGGAUGGGCGGGCGCUUAGAAGUGGCGUUAUUAGGAGGGGGGUUAGUGGGAUGAGGGGUGAGGGGUGGAGGGACUUCGUGGAGGAGCAGGAGAAGAGGUUGAAAGAAGAUCUGAAGGGCAAGGGGCGGGUGCAAUAAGGAUAGGGAGAAGGGUGGUGGUCAUGAAAUUAUGAUUUAUGUGUAUGAUAGUCAUAGUUAAUAUCUUAAAGGAACAUUUCUUGACCAUUUCCUAGUUUGUUCUGCGACAUUGAAGGCUAUCGACUUGUCUUCACAAAACAAGCGUUAUACAGUGAUUCAAGAGACUCCUGUAUAAUAGAGGCAUUCACUUUCGAUUAAAAAGAUGUUCAAAAUUUUAGUGCUUAGACACGGC